AUGUUCAGGUUUGUGUGCCUCAUCCUGCUCCUGGGCUAUGCCUACAGUUGUGGCCAUCCUUACUUCCCACCUCUCGUCUCCCGAGUGGUAGGAGGUGAAGACGCCAGACCCCACAGCUGGCCUUGGCAGAUUUCCCUCCAAUACACCAGAAAUGGAGCCUGGUAUCACACGUGUGGUGGGUCCCUCAUUGCUACCAACUGGGUCAUGACAGCAGCCCACUGCAUCAGCAAAAGAAACACCUACAGAGUCGUUCUGGGGAAACAGAACCUGAGACAAGAGGAGCCCGGGUCUGUGGUUGCUGCUGUGGAGAAGAUCAUCGUCCACGAGAAGUGGAACUCCUUAUUAAUCAUCAACGACAUUGCCCUGAUCAAACUGGCUGAACAUGUGGUACCGAGUGAAACGAUCCGGCUAGCUUGCCUGCCGCCAGCGGGCGAACUUCUGCCCCAAGGCUUCCCCUGCUAUGUCACUGGAUGGGGACGUCUCUCAACUGGCGGCCCUCUUCCUGACAUCCUCCAGCAGGGACUGAUGCCCAUCGUGGACCACGCCACGUGCACUCAGCCAGACUGGUGGGGCAGCACCGUCAAGACGACCAUGGUCUGCGCAGGAGGAAAUGGAAUCGUUGCUGGGUGCAAUGGGGAUUCUGGAGGCCCCUUGAACUGUGAAUCCGGCGACACAUGGGAGGUGCAUGGCAUCACGAGCUUUGUGUCUAGUCUGGGCUGCAAUACUGCUAAGAAGCCGACUGUCUUCACUCGGGUGUCUGCCUUCAUUGACUGGAUACACAAGCAAAUGGCUGAAAACUGA